AUGCAAAGUAGUCGAGGUUCGACUCAGGAGUCAAUACCACCCGAAAGAAUAUGUCAAGCCACAACAAUUGACUUCAUCUGCGAAGAUCUCGCUGAGACUCCCGUGAACGACGACUUCGUGAAGGCUAUUCGCUACACAGGAAGUUUCAUCGCUGACGACAUGCUAGUUCCGGGUGUGAAGCAUGAAGGUGGUAUUGGACUGCUAAUUGGCUGCGACGAGUUGUGGAAGCUGCUGACCGGUGGUGUCAGAGGAUGCGAGAACAACGAGAAAUUAGUUGCCAUCGAAACCGUUUUCGGAUGGACCUUUCAAGGGCCGUCUUCAGUAUCAGGCUGCUGCGCCGAGCGGUCAACGACAGCCGUCUGCGUGUUGAGAGCUGGAGUUGAGACGCUGACAGAAGACGACAUUCUGACUAAGUUUUGGGAGUUAGAAAGUCUAGGCAUCACGAAUGACGCCUCCAGCAAGACAGAUCACGACACGGCGGUCUUGGAGGAAUUUGAGCGCAACAUUCGGAUGACGGACGGCCGCUAUGAAGUAGCUUUGCCCUGGAAGGCACACAUGUCAGUCCUAGAGAACAACUAUGAGAUAGCGGAGGACAGGGUAUGGAUCCUAGUCAGACGGCUAGAUAGAGAAGGCUUCAGGGCGCAGUACGACGAAGCGAUCAGAAGCUACAUCAAUAAGGGGUAUGCAGAAAAGGUGACUAAAGAGGAUAAUAGCUUGAACACUCGGUACUACAUGCCUCACAGGGCAGUUAUAAGAAACACUUCAGAAACUACGAAGGUCCGGACAGUAUUUGAUGCGUCGUCCCAUUGCAAAGGGAUGACGUCCCUAAAUGAUCAUCUGGAGAAAGGGCCGAAGUUGAACGCCGACCUGGUAGGCGUUCUAUUGCGGUUUAGAAGACACAAGAUUGCGUUAACGGCAGACAUCGAGAAGGCCUUUCUACAGGUAGAAAUUCGUAAGAAUGACAGGGAUGCGCUGAGGUUUUUGUGGUGUUCCGAAACUCCACGACUGAAUGAACAAUGCCCAGAGGUGGAAUGCUGGAGGAUGAAGAGAGUGCCAUUCGGGACCACAGCAAGCACAUUUCUUUUGGGUGCUACACUGCAGCAGCACUUCAAAAGCCUUUUGACAUCUGACAGGGAGCUGGCCAGCUUACUAUUGGAGGCGUUCUACGUGGACGACCUACUUACCGGUGCCCCCACAGUGAAAGAAGCCCUGGAGGUCGUCCAGAAAUCUCAGGAACUGCUGAGACAAGCGGGCAUGAAUCUGACAAAAUGGGCAUCUAACGCUGAAGAUUUACAAUCAUUGUUCGAUCGUAAGAGCGGUACCUUAUUCACCGAGAAUGAAAAGUCGUUUGGAGAACCGGCUCAAAGUAAGGUUCUGGGAGUGCUGUGGACCCGAAGCGAUGAUCAACUGAGGUUUUCCGCAAAUCAACUGCUAAAUGUCAUCGCUGGUAUGCAAGAAACUAAGAGGGCCGUGCUGCAGGCCUCGGCAAGAGUCUUCGACCCGCUAGGCUUUCUUGCACCGUAUACCAUUCGCGUCAAGAUCCUGUUUCAGGAGCUGUGGAAGACAAGGUUGGACUGGGACGACCCACUCCCGAGCGAUCUGUCGUCGUUGCAAGUUGCCAAGUGUGACAUCAAAUUCUGGACUGACUCCACGGUCACGCUGAACUGGAUCAGGGGCGACUCGAACAGAUGGAAGCCCUUCGUUCGCAACAGAGUUAUUGAAAUUCAAGAAGGCUGCAACAAGUCUCAGUGGAGGCACUGUCCAGGGAGUGCCAACCCGGCAGACUUGCUAACGAGGGGAUUGCCCGUCAUAGCAUUAAUGGGGGACAAACAGUGGUUCGAGGGACGGCCAUGGCUUUCUAAAAGUGAGGAAUGUUGGCCAAUAUCUACUGAAAAUGGCUGUGGUGACCUCAGCCACAUCGAAAAAGAAAGGAAACGUGGAGCUAUACUGACGACGUACGUCGAAACAGCUGUUCCUACACUGCUUGACCUCGGAAAGUACAGCGAUUAUCAUCGCAUAUGA